CUAGGUGAUGUAAAGUGGAAGAAGUGAAAUCUGUACUCUACCGAAACGCGGAAGCUGGACGUGUAAAAGUUGUUUAGUUUUAUGGGGUUGUUUUUUACAGUGUAAUAUAAUCCGCAUGAAUUUGAAUGACCCCAGCUGCUGCAGCUCGCUGUGUUUACGUGACGCUUGUACUUCCGGUGUGUGCUGAGCAGUUCCUGCUGGUGUCCCGGCCGCUCGCGGGUGCUGUGAGCUCUGUGUUGGUUUAGUGUCAGAAAGUGCAGAUGAGUGGGAUGCUCUGAGAGUUUGGGGUAAAUCAUUUCUCUUUAUUGCCCCUGAGGUGAUUUUGUUGUUGCUGUGAGCGAUGGCGGAGGCUGAAGAAGAGUUUCCUGAGCAGCUCGAUGAUGCGGAACUUUCACUGCGGGGAAUUAACAUGUUGCUGAACAACGGCUUUAAAGAGAGCACACAGCUCUUCCACACAUACAGGAAUUACAGCCCUCUGAUGAGCUUUGGUGCGAGCUUUGUGAGUUUUCUGAAUGCCAUGAUGACGUUUGAAGAGGAGAAGAUGCAGGUGGCGUGUGAGGACCUGCGGGCCACGGAGAGACUGUGCGAGUGCGACAGCGCCGGCGUGAUCGAGACCAUCAAGAACAAGAUCAAGAAGAAUCAGGUGGAGGGUCAGAGGUCACAGGUGACCGUGAUCGAGCGGCUGCAGAGGCUCAUCAUAGUGGCUGACUGUCAGGUUUAUCUGGCCGUGCUGUCCUUCGUCAGACAGGAGCUCUCUGGAUAUAUUAAAGCUGGCUGGAUCCUUCGUAAGGCCUGGAAAAUGUACAAUAAGUGCUACAAUGAGAUCACCCGGUUGCAGGAAGCGUGUCAGAGGAGGUGCUCAGCACCACAGGGGGCACUUUCUUUUGCUCAAUCCAAACAGAGUCAGAAUGCCUCAAUGCCUGAUCCCACAGCAGCCCGCUCCAGUGAGUGUCCUGAACCUGAAUCCAGUCAGGAUUGUUCCCUGGCUCCUGUCUCAGAAGGGUCACGUGCUCCCAAUCAGCUUAACGACAGCCACAAAGCGUCCUCCACUCGGCCCAAACACGGCAUGAAAUCUCAGCCGCGGCUCGAUUACAGCGUGACCGCGGAGUCUCUGAGUCGACUCAAGGGUUCAGUCAGCUUCGGCUACGGCCUGUUCCACCUCUGCAUCUCUAUGGUGCCUCCUCACCUGCUGAGGAUCAUUAACCUGCUGGGAUUCCCUGGCUCACGGCAGGAGGGGCUCAGCGCCCUCACGUACUCCAGCGAAAGUAAGGACAUGAAGGCCCCUCUCUCUACACUGGCCCUGCUGUGGUACCACACGGUCGUACAGCCCUUCUUUGCACUGGACGGCACUGAAACAGAGGCAGGACUUCAGGCUGCUAAAGCCAUACUUCAGAAGAAAGAAGCUGAAUAUCCUAACUCCUCACUCUUCAUCUUCUUUAAAGGACGAGUGCUGCGGCUCGAGUGUGAGAUCAGCAGGGCUUUAAUAUGCUUUAAUAAUGCAUUGGAACUGGCUUCAGAACAGAGGGAAAUCCAGCACAUCUGUCUCUACGAGAUUGGUUGGUGCAGUAUGAUCGAGCUGAGCUUCACUGAAGCGUACAGAGCCUUCGAGCGUCUGAUGACGGAGUCACGCUGGUCCCAGUGCUACUACUCCUACCUCACUGGAGUGUGUCAGGGAGCUUCAGGUGAUCUGGACGGAGCUUGUAGCGUAUUGAAAGAUGCGGCUCGGCUUUUCAAGAGGAAACACAAUCAGAUUGAGCAGUUUUCCAUGAGGAAGGCUGAAGAGUUAAGGAAGCCCAGACCCACGAAAGAGCGAUGUAUGAUGGCUGCCAUCGAGGUUCUGUACCUUUGGAAAGCUCUUCCUAACUGCUCUAACACCAAACUGCAGCUCAUGAUUGAAGUUCUGCAGCAGAUGGACGGCUCGUCGUAUUGCGGACUGAAAUACCUCCUGAUGGGGGCCGUGCACAAAAGUCUAGGGGACAACGCAAACGCAAUGCAGUGUUUUCAGAUGGCUUUUAGAGAUGAAGAAGGGUGUGUCAGUAACUCAUACGUACAGCCUUAUUCCCUCUAUGAGCUGGGAUGUGUGCUACUAGAAAACCCUGAGUCUACAGCUAAAGGAAGAGCUCUGCUUCUUCAAGCCAAGGAGGACUUCUCGGCGUACGAUUUUGAGAACAGGCUCCACGUGCGAAUCCACACAGCUUUAGCUUCACUCACAACAACAGCUCCACAAUAACUCCUUUCCGAUGUUCUCAGAAAUAAGAUGUACACGAGCCAGCAAAGAAAUCUGAGACAGAAGGAAGAAGGAAGGAGCACAGCCUCAGACUGUUACUGAUGAUCAUGGACUGUUGUUACAUAAAAUGCUGUUUUUUUUCCCCGAGCGCACUUUAUUUUUAUUUUAGAUACUCGAUUAGAAAAGAGAAACGGUCAGUUUUAAUGUAGAGUCCUACGUUGUGAAAUAUCAGGAUGGUGAGUCAUUGCUCAGUUACUUUUUGGAAAGUCAAGUCACAAAGCACAUGAUUUCUGAUUUUUGGACUGCGUUAUGUUUAAAUUAGUGCCUGUGAGCUACUCAAAAGCACGACUAAUUUAAUUUACAGAGUUUAUAAAAAUAGGUUUAAAUUGUUUAGUUAUUGCUGGAUAUAAGAGAUUUAAAAUAUGCGAGUAGUUUUUUUUUUUUCUUUUGAUUGUGGUCAGUAGUCUGAUACCUGGCCAUGCAUGUGGCCUUCAAGCAUUGUACAUCACCACAUGCUAAAACGCCACUGAACAAAAAACAAUAUUGCCAAAUCGCAACCAAUCACACCUCCUAAACUGCAGGUUGUCUUAAAGGUUUAACAUUCACUCAUGCAGCUAGCAGUUGGGCAGCUAAACUUUUUUUUUUUUUUUGUCCACAUGCCAAAGUCUAAAAAGUGUCUGCUUAGAGAUCCUGAUAUUAUUUGGUUGGUUGUAAAUCCUGAAUUUUUUGUUGUUCUAUUAACGAAAUCUAAAAUAACAACAGAAAGUAAGUUAUUUGGAUUGUAAAUGUCAUGGACGGAAGGUAUAUCACUUAAGAUGUAUCACUGAUUACUGUUACAUUUAAGAGGAAACUGCUCUGACUACUCUGCUACCUGUGGUUAGCUAAAACUAUCUAACCAGUAUAUGCAGAAAGAAAAUCAGGCCUUUAUUUUGCAGUACAGUAAGUACAUAUUGUUUUAGGUAAGGAUGUGGUAAUUAAUUGUAAGUAGUUUUAGGUGUGUUUACAUAUAGAAUUUUGAGGUACGUAAUAAUUUCUGAAAAAAUGACCAGGUUUGUACAAGAGCACAUGGUGCCACAAUGCAAUAGUUACUCAGAUUGUAAUUAUUUUCAUGCAGGACGUAAUGAUGUGGCGUAAUCUUCGAUUAAUAUUUUUAUAAGUUGAAUAUUUUAAGUGUGUAGUGAAUAAUGUGAAAAAUACCAGGUAUACUUAAGCAAAUAAUGCUAAGUAACAUUAUAGUUGUAUCAAACAUGCGGAAUAGAACACUUGGAGUAUUUUUUUCGCAUAAGUUACAUUAUUAUAUACUUAUAUUUCCAACUUCCAAAGGAUGAUCUAAGUAUUACAAUGUCAUUAUUGUACCGCAGCACAAAGUACUGUUGUACAAACGGAGUACUUCUCACACUAACUACUGUGUACUUAAAGAUCCGGUAUGCAAGGUUGUACCAGACAUUACUGCAUACUGACCUGCUAAAUACUACGUAGUUACUGUACUGUUAAAUGAAGUAUUACUCAAAUGGUAUGAUUGUGUUCAACUGAGUAAACAGGAAAUGAAAUUCAUGCUAACUGGUAAAAUGUUGAACUGCAGUAUUAGGACUUUAAAGUGCAUAGUUACAGUAUGGUCUUUACAGAUGAAAAUAUUAACCUGGUGGAGGCAGCUACAGUGUUUAAAAAAAAAAAAAAAAGUUUUAAAAAAGUGUUUUUGGUUUCACCAUGCUCAGCAGUAGCAUGUACUUUAUUAUAUCAAUGCUGUUCUUGACCUUCACUUUGGAAAAAUAAACAAUGGACAUGUUGAGUAAAA